GUGACGAUGAAGUUUGGGCCUUUUUUGGAUUUUGUCUGCAUCCAUAUGGUCCAUAUAACCAACGAAAAGAAUCAUUUCCCUCCUCCUCCUCUUCCCGCCUUCGUGGCGCCACUACGAUAUUUUUUCAAAUCCCGCUCCAUUUUCCCGAGAAAAAGGAGCGAGAAACUGGAGAGGGAAAUAGGAAGAAAAAAGAAAAAAACGAGAGCCACGAAGCAGACGGAGAGAGAAACCGGAGAAAUGAUCGGCGAUAGCUCUUUUUCCAAAACCAUAUGCUCCAUCUGCUACGAAGAUCUCAAGCCAAUCGUCGAAGAUCUCCAAUCCAUCUCCAUUUGCGGCCACGUCUUCCACGAGCUCUGUUUACAACAGUGGUUUGAGUACUGUACGAAUUCUACAAAGAAGUACAAUUGUCCUGUUUGCAAGCAGCGUUGUGUAGGGCACAAUGCGACUCGUCUUUAUUUUCAAUCAGUUGGGGAUCAAUCCAAUUCGUUAUGCUCCCAAAAUUUGAUUGAUCGCGAAGAAGAUGCGGAGGCAUUACGUUGCGAAGUGAAGAGAUUGCUUGUGAAAGUAUCGGGGCUUAGUUCAGCCUUAGAGCGUAAAGAAAAGGAGCAUCAAGAAAUCAACGAAGAGUUGUGUCUUUGCAAGGAGCUGAUAAAGGAGGAAGCGGCGUUGAAGAGUGAAGCCUUAAGAGAAAAGGCAUUCAUUCAACAAAAGCUCAAUUCGAAGUCUGAGGAGCUUACUAUAUCGAAUUCGGAAUGUUCAAGGCUGGAGCAAAGGAAUAUGGCACUAGCCAAGGAACUCGCUGUACUUAAAUUGGUGUCGGAUCUGGACCUAGAGCAAGAUGAGAUUUUAAAGCUUGCCUCACUGGGUAAUGAAGCCAACAGCCAUGAUACAAUAGAUAAUCUUAUUCGAUCAUUGGCCAGCCAUAAAAAGAGCUACAAAGAAUUGAUGGCCAAGUGCAAUCUUCUUGGUAGAGGUGAAUCUCGUUUGCAGAAGAAACUUGAGAGAGCAAAAGAGAAGAUAGGCAAACUGAAAACAAGAAUCCAGGAACUGGAGACAUCUAUUGAAGUGAAAGAUAAUGAAGAUUUGAGGGCUCUUAAAGCUACAAAGAAGACUGAUCGAAGGGCUAUUGUAGAUGAUAAUUCUAAGACUUUGAUUGCCAAAAAUUCUUCAACAGAACAUCAGAUGCAACAACCCAUUUUACCUUUAAAUAACUUGGAUUUGAGUGGAAGAUCACCCAAAGAAUCAUCAUGUUUGAUGAAAGAAAACAUCCAUUUUGGUAGUCCUAUAGUUGCAAAUCAUACUAGAGAAGGUUCAAGUACUGUGGUUCUUGAUGAAGAGAGAAAUCCUUUAAUGGGUGAGAAUGCAUAUAGGCAUUCAAGUCCUGAUUUGAAAUGUCGAAAUGGUGAGAAUAUUGUUCAAGAGUCUGCUCCAUCAAUGUCAAAGGCAGUUUCUGAUGUUAAUGGAGAAGCUGCAGCCUGCAGGCCAGAUAGCCUGGUUGGAUUUUCAGGAUCAAGAACUUGUUCAAGUACUGAUAAGAGUGCCACUCUUGCUGCUGCAACAAAGCCCAUGUUCAACAUUAAAACAGAGACUUCAUCUUCACUUCCACUUUCUGAACAAGGGAAUAUUUGUUUCUCUGGUGGAUUGCUAGGUCCUGAUGGAACAAAGUGGCAUUUAGGAAAAUGGUGCAAGCGUGGCAAGAUGCUCGGAUCAAUGCCCACACAAGGUUUAACCAAAAGUAGUGGUGAUUUAAUUGCUGUUGGUGCUGAUGGGAGAGGUGGUAGAAUCAAAGUUAUGCGAUCUGUGAAUCAUUCAUUGGAUGAUAAGCAGAAUUCACUUAGUGCGAAGAGAUUAAAAUAUGGAGCUAAAACAAAUAGUUUGCAGUCUCAGGGGUGCUUGCAGAUAGAACACUUCUUUGGAAAGAGCCGUUUUUGAUUGAAAGUUGAAGGCACAGCCCAUGGGUUAACUGCCCUCUACACUCUAAUGAGGUGGCGCAGUGAUUAUAAUUUAUUUAAACAGCCGUGUAAAGUGGGGUGUCAAGUAACAUAUUUUGUCGGAUUCCUUUGGUGUAAACAUAACAGAGUUUGUUAAUUCAUUACUAGCAUUU